AAAAGUAGUUUCAGAAUGCAGUUAGGAUUCCUUUACGCAUUCGUUGCGCUCUUGGCGAUAUUUCGAGUGGAACCCAGCGAGGGAAUUAUUGAUAUAAACAAUCAAUUGAACAAUAUUAUAAGCCCCCCGAUCCUUCCUGCGGUUGAGAGCAUAUUGGACAUCAAUGGCGAUGCAGAUUCAACAGAAGAUGAGCAAAAGGUGCGCUUGCAAAGAGAAUCCAUUGUAAAAGAUUACGGAUUCGUGUUUAAACCUCAACCAAUAGUCUUGGAAAGUAAUUCAAGCUAUAAGCCCUCAGUUGAAUCUGAAGGACAGGCCCAAUCGUUUAGCCGAGGGCUUGAAGAAGCGAAGCUUCAAAUCCAAAAGCAAUCUCAAUCACAAUCGCAGGCUCAAGGUCUAGGUCAAUCACAGCAACAAAUCCAAUACGCGAAUAUAGCCAGAACUAAAGUCCAAAAACAAUUCCAAUCGCAACAACUAGGACUGGCUCAAUCGCAGCAACAGACCCAGAUUCAACAAUCACUGAAUCAAGAUGGAGCUAAAUUACGAGAAAAACCUUAUCCGCAUAUUCAAACUUCAUCACAAAGAAACGCCGAUGAUCCAGAAAGUGAAGAAGCUGAAGCACCAGGAGGACUGUCGGGAAAAAUAGCUUUAGUACCACCAAAUGAAGAGGGAGAUCAAAAGCAAGACCAGGCUCAAUCACAGAUUGAAGAUGAAGCUGAAGUUCUUAGACAAGGUCUGGCGCAAACGGAAUCUCAAAUUCAGAAUCAAAGACAAGGACUGGAAAAGGAGAUACAAGGGCAAUCCCAAUCGCAGGAUCAAGCUCAAUCCCAAGAUGAGGCUAUUAAUCCAGAAUCGGCAAACGCUGAAAAUCGAUCAUCACAGCAAUCGGGAGAUGUAGCAGAGAAUCAGGACCAAGCUGAAUCACAGGCUCAAGAGCGGUCACAAUUGCAGUUAGAGGGUCAAGAACAGUCCCAAGAUCAAGCACAAUCGCAAGAUCAAUCGCAGGCUCUGGAAAAAGGGGGUGCACCGCCUCUAUCACCACAACAAUCGCUAGUUCAAGCAGAGGAUCAAGCACAAGAAGAUCCCAUAGACCAAUCACUUCAUCAAGCGCAAUCUGAAGUACUAAACCAAGUUAAGUCGCAGACUAACGGUCAAUUAAAGGCUCAAGCUCAAAUGCAAGCUCAAGUUCUCGAUCAGGCUCUGGAAGAUGCGCAUGUUCAAUAUCAAUCUCAGGCUCAAUCACAAGGAAUAUCACUGUCUCAAACGACGCAACAAUCGCUGGUCGAACCAGACGAUCAAGCAAAGGAAGACCCCGUAGAUCAAUCACUUCAUCAAGCCCAAAGUGAAAUAAUAAAACAACUUCUGUCACAGACUAACGAUCAAGACAAGGCUCAAGCUCAAGCGCAAGCUCAGACUCUCGAUCAGGCUCUAGAAGAAGCUCAUGUUCAAUAUCAAUCUCAGACUCAAGCACAAGGAACUCCAAUCUUUCAACCACCACAACUUCAACCAGAGGAUCGAGAUCAAGAUACCGCUUUAGACCAAUCUCCGACGCAAGCUCAAUUGGAUGCUCAAUCCCAAUCACAAGAACAAGCGAAUACUAAGCUUCAGCGGAAAUCUCAAGCCCAAUCAGAAGCUCAUGGUAUAAUUCUUACAACCUUGAGGAAAGCGCAAGCGCAACAGCAAUCUGAAGUUCAAUCACCGCAGCAAGAACCACUUCGAUCUGAUGAUCAAUCAGGCGAUCAAGCUGGGGAUGUAGCGCAAAAUACCGCUUUGGACCAAUCACUACAUCAAGCCCAAGCUGAAGUACAAGAGCAACUUCAAUCACAGACUCAAGCCUCAGGUACAUCACUAACGCAAUCCCAACAGCAAUCCCAAGUUCAAGCAGUUGAAGCGCUUGCACAAUCACUAACUCAAGCCCAUGCUCAAAUCCAGGAGCAAGCUCAAUCACAAUCACAAUCGCAAGAGCAAGAUCAAUCACAAUCACAAGCUCCCAACGAGAGGCAAUCGCAAUUACAAUCACAACGUCAAGACCAAGAUCAGGGCCCCAAAUUUGAUGAUGAUCUUGACGAACAACCUGCUCCAAGGUCAUGUUCACAGUGCCAGAAAGCUAGUUACCCACAAUACAUUACGGAAGUGGACAUCGAGAUUGACGCCAAGCUGGACACGCCCAAAAUGAUCUCAAAAUAUGGCCAUCAAGCAGAGACCCAUUACGCAUUCACUGCCGACGGCUACAAGCUCUGCCUGCAUCGGAUUCCGCGAUCUGGAGCCACACCCGUCCUAUUGGUCCAUGGCCUCAUGGCCAGCUCGGACACUUGGGUGCAGUUCGGUCCAUCCCAGGGUCUGGCCUAUAUCCUGUCCCAAAGCGGCUACGACGUCUGGAUGUUGAACACUAGGGGUAACGUUUACUCAGAGGAGCGCCUGGCCGGUCGGGAGAGCGACAAGAUCUUCUGGGACUUCUCCUUCCACGAGAUCGGGCAGUACGAUCUACCCGCUGCCAUCGACUUGAUCCUGCUGCAGACUAAAAUGCCGAGCAUCCAGUACAUUGGUCACUCGCAGGGAUCCACGGCCUUCUUUGUGAUGUGUAGUGAAAGACCUGAGUAUGCAGGCAAGAUCUCAUUGAUGCAGUCCCUCUCGCCAUCAGUUUAUAUGGAAGGAACACGCAGUCCAGCACUCAAGUUUAUGAAAGUUCUUCAGGGUGGCUUCACAAUGCUGCUUAAUCUCCUGGGCGGCCACAAGAUCUCCCUGAAAAACCGGAUCGUUGACAUGUUCCGUAACCACAUCUGCAACAAGCUUAUCCCCAGUCGCAUCUGUGCCAUCUUUGAAUUUGUGGUCUGUGGAUUUAACUUCAACAGCUUCAAUAUGACACUAUCCCCCAUUUUGGAAGGUCACGCCUCGCAGGGAAGCUCCGCCAAGCAGAUCUAUCAUUUCGCCCAAUUGCAGGGCAAUUCUGCUUUCCAAAAGUACGACUACGGGCUAAUUCUGAAUAAGAUACGCUACCAGUCGAUCUUUCCCCCACUUUACAACCUUUCCCUGGCACUGGGCAAGGUGGCUCUUCACCGCGGAGAUGGCGACUGGUUGGGAUCCGAAUCGGAUGUCCUUCGACUGGAGCGGGACCUGCCCAACUGCAUAGAAAACAGGAACAUUCGCUUCGAAGGAUUCUCGCACUUCGACUUCACGAUUUCGAAGGAUGUUCGAUCCUUGGUCUACGAUCGCGUAAUCGAUUUGUGCGGUUCAAAUUGAACUUUUAGCUUACGAAUGAAAUAUUAGCAAAUCAAUUAAUAGAUUUGCUUGGCACAUAUGUGAAAUUGCCUUUUCCUAAGGGCUCGGAAAUAAAUAUAAUUUUUAUUAAGGGAAAUUAAAUAUAUACAAAUAUUUUACAAUUUUCCCAGCUGUAAUAAAGAAAG